UGCAUAAGAGAGAGCCCCUCAUUUAGCCUUAUUUAACCUGUUGCCUGUUGUCCCUAACCUCUAAACUGCAGGCCCUCUGCACGCUUUUCACAGCUGCCUCUGGCCCCUCUGAGUUCCCUGGCCUGUGAAAUAGAGGACGUCCCUAACUUUUUUCAUCCUCUUGCCCCUAGAACCCUGCCUGUCUGCCUGAGCAGGUGACUCAGCCCUGCCUGUGGAUCUGCUGCCCCAGAGGUGGCCUGUUCUCACCCAGGUUCACAGGCCAGGGCUAUCAGCUACCAUCCCAGCCCAGUCUAUCAGCCACCAUCUCAGAUAGAAGGAAAUCCAUGUCCUCGGGGCAGAUCUAAUCUGCUCAUGUCUGUGGGGCAGGACAGAAAGAUCUAGAUUGAAAAGAGUAAAAAGGUGGCCCUCUUCUGCUGCCUCCUUCCACACAGGGGUAGGUCAAGGUCUGGGAGGACACCUCGGCUUGCUCCAGGCCACCAGGAAACCCAACACAGCUGGAAUAGAUCCCUACUCCUGUGCCAGUGGUCGGGACUCCAUCCAGUCCUCCACUGCUUCCUGCUGUGCUCAAAGGUCAUUUGGGGGGUGGCAGGACUUUCUGCUUAGCCUGCGAAGAUACAGCAUGGGGUGAGGGGAAGAAGAGGAGAGUUUGAAGGAGGGCAGAGUUUCUGAGCUCUCUCCGCCCAGGCUGCAGGAGUGGCCAGAACUGAGGAGGACUAGGUACCUGCAGGCUCCUGCCUCGCACCAGAGCCUCAGGGACUGUGCCUGUGGAGUCUGGAAAGGAAUUCUCUCCAGGGAGGGUCAAAAUGUCCUGCAAGAAGUGGUGCUCGAACAGCCAGACCAAGUGGAUCCUUGCAGGCAGUGUCAGUGUGACCCUGGUGUUGACCAUUUCAAUGGUCCUGGGCCUCACCUUGCAUCGGAGCACCCAAGCAGGCUGUGAUCAAGAUGCAGUUUGCCGUUCAGACGCUGACAUGCUGGACUACAUGCUAAGCACAGGCCAUAUCAGUCACCGGGAUGGCCUGCUAAUCACCUGGUACCACGCAGCAAACAGCAAGAAAGAGAUGGAGGAUGCCCUGAACAGCAAUGUCAUGGUCUUGGAGGCAGAUGUCAAUGUAGAAGGGUUCACCACAGUCAAUGAGACCGGGGUGCCUAUUAUGGCCCACCCUCCAGCCAUCUACAGUGACAACACCCUGCAGGAGUGGCUGGAAGCUGUACUCUCCUCCUCUCAGAAGGGCAUCAAACUGGACUUCAAGAGCCUCAAGGCUGUGGGCCCCUCCCUGGACCUCCUCGGGCAGAUGACCGAGGCUGGCAAGAUUCGGAGACCGGUGUGGAUCAAUGCUGACAUUCUGAGGGGCCCCAAUGUGCCCAUCUCGAUUGAGAUCAAUGCUACACAGUUCCUGGCGCUGGUCCAGGAGAAGUAUCCCGAGGUCACCAUCUCUCCUGGCUUUACUACUCUGUAUGUGCCUCAGCUGCCAAACAGCACCUACACCAAAGCCAUGGUAGAGAAGAUGCAGGAGCUGGUGGGGGCGCUGCCUCAGAGGAUCACCUUCCCUGUUCGGGCUUUCAUGGCACGGGCUGCUUGGCCCCACUUCAGCUGGCUCCUGGCCCAAUCUGAGAGGUACAGCCUGACACUGUGGCAGGGUGCCUCGGACCCCGUGUCGGUAGAUGAUCUCCUCUUCAUCCGGGACAACAGCGCCACCCACCAAAUCUACUAUGACCUCUUUGAGCCUGUCCUGUCGCAGUUCAAGCAGCUGGCCUUGAACAGCACCCGGAAGCGAACCUACUACACGGGUGGCAGCCUGAUCCCUCUUCUCCAGCAGCCCAGGGGUGAUGGCCUGGAGGUAGAGUGGCUGGAUCUAGAAGUGAAUGGCAGCGGGAGGACAGCGGCCAUUACUGCCCCUGACAGAGAAGGCAUGAUCCUGCUGGAUGUGGGCCUCCAGGAACCUGAAGCUGGGACCCCUGUGCCCGUCCUGCGUACCCGAGGUGGUCCUGUUCUGACAUUAGAGUCCUGUCUGCUGCAGCUGGCUGCUCACCCCGGGUCCUGGGGCGUCCAUGUGAACAUCGUGGAACCCACAGCUCUCCGGCCCUCCCUGGCCACACUGGCACGCCUCUCCACCCUUGGCCAUCUGCCCUGGCCCAUGUGGGUGGGGGCUACAAUCUCACAUGGUAAUUUUGUGGUCCCUGGUCAUAUGGCCGGCAGAGAACUGCUUACAGCCGUGGCUGAAGUUUUUCCUCAUGUGACCGUGGCACCAGGCUGGCCUGAAGAGGUGCUGGGCAGCGGCUAUCAGGAGCAGAUGGUCACAGAUAUGCUGGAGCUAUGUCAGGGACUCUGGCAACCUGUGUCCUUCCAGCUGCAGGCUGGGCCACUGGGCCGGAGUUCGGCCAAAGCUGUGGCCAGGCUGCUGGCAGCCUCCCCUCGAGCCACGGUCACGGUGUACCACAGCAUGGCUGGAAACAACUAUGCAGACGUUUGGGCUGGGUUGUGGGUGGCCAGGGCCAUGGACAGGACCCGAGUCUAUUACAGGAUACCCCAGGAGUACCGAGAAGACUUGCUGGCAGAUGUGAGCAGGAACUGACCACCCAGUAGGACUGGACCAUCUAAUGUGGAAGGCUUCCCUGGGGAGUCAGGGUGA